CAGGAAACCAUACACGAUUACUAACCAUAGGAAAAAUAAACCAAAAAAAACGAACGGAAAAACAACUACCUAGACGAUGAGCCAAAAGGGAAAUUUCCACCCAAAUCCAUACAGUGGUGGUGUACCAGGUUGGGGAGAGUCACCAAUGCAUCAAAGAGGCCCUCAUCCGGGAGGACAGCCGGGAUUUUGGGGGCAACGAGGGCCGUCUCCACACAACAGAUCGUUCGAGCACAGAGGACCACCAGGCCCCAGCCCCAGUCCCAGGGCACAGUUCUCACCGAUGUACUCAUCCUCCCCAUUCAUGCAACAGACCCCCCACCAACAGCAUCGCAUGAACCGCAGCGGGGGCGGGAACGGGUCGCCGAGAUUCCAGCAGUUUGGGGGGCGGCAUUCGGGUGGCGGGCAGUUUACGUCCCCACGGCACAGCUCUCCAGGACAGGGUAACAACUCCAGAUAUAGCGGAAAUAGCUCGGACAUCAGUGCUUACUACAAUCACUCCAUGGUAGAGGAUCCAUGGAUGGGACUCACAGCAACGCCCAGGACAACGGGAACGACGACGUAGCCACCGGACCCGGCAACCACGACAAUGACGUGAACUGACUCCAUUGCCUGUGGUGGUUGGAUCUCAGCGGAACUUGUGUGAGAAUGAAACCUGUGUCGGUGAAAUGACUCUGUGCCAGUUGAUGAAAACCUAGGUCUUGUUUCAAACACCAGCAGUAAGUAAAGGUUCUAGAACUUGCUUAAAAGUUCCAGAACUUAGACCUGUGGGUUUGUUAUCAGAUUGUUAGGUACAGUAUUGUAACAAGUGAGAUUAUCAUGGAACUGAAGAGUGGUAGAUAUCUGAAAUGAAUGGAAGUUUAUGUAACCCAGACCAAGUUGUGUUUAUCUUUUGGAUAUUAGGCAUGCCUAAAGCAAAAACAAUUGGGACAACAAAACCUUUUAACUCUUUAUUUUUAUUUAAUUCUGUGGACUUUUAAAAUAGGAUUUUUAAAAAUCUUAUCAAUGUGUGAACAUUCCAAAAACAGGAAGUCGUUUUUUUGCAUUGUUGGGUUUGAUAGAGCAAUAAAUCUGAGGGAAAAAAAAAGAAAAAAGUUUCAAGUCCAUAAUCUACAAGUACACUCAGUUGAAAUUACAAAAAAAGGAAAGAAGUGUUGCAUUCGCCGAGUUUCUGUAAGCACCGGUGGAAUCGAACCACCCACCAUCACAAUGCAGGCGCAGUGCACCGUGGACCGUGUGGUGUCAACCUGAGGUGCUUUUGUUCAGUCGCAGAGCGAGCAACAGUCAUACCGGAGGCAAUUGGCCACUUUUCAUUCCCAAGUUCAAAUGCUUUACUAUGAACCCGAGGCGACCCGAGCUGGAUUCGAACCACACACACCACUACAUUGCAGUGCAUGUGUACUACCAUCUUAAGAGAUGUACGAGACAUAACCAUUCUAGAUUGUGUUAAUUAACGUUACAUCUUUUCUUCAGGCGUUUCGGUCUGAAAUUUCCCCCCCGAUUGUCUUGCCAAGGCCACUAUCAGUUCCUCUCCCAAGCAUGGCACCCAAAGCUACUUUAGUAUUCUGGGGUUUAUUUCUUAAGAUUGAUGCACUGUAUUCAAAUUACCCAUGGACCUGGUGCAGAACUUUCCACACACAUUGUUCUAUACAGUCGACUUUCGUGAACACAAACUCAACUGGACCUAACCAAACUGUUUGUUAUAUCAGAAUUUUGUACUAAGUGGAUUGCGGUCCCAUUCAUAUGAAAGUACACAGUCAGGACCAAGGCUUUGUUUGCUAUAUUCAGAGUUUGUAUUAACAGAGUUUGUAUUGACGAGAGUCAACUGUAUGGAGUUUAAUAAGCGAAAUCAGUAGAACUUGCCUGAAAGCCCUUUGGCAUAAUGUGCAGUUACCCUUAAGAAUUAAUGAGGAAAAUCUUGCUUUGGGUAGCGAUAUGACAACUAUUCUGUCAAAGCUAUGCUUUUAUUUAAUGGCAACUUAAAUUUUAACUCUAU